AUGAGUGUACAAGGACGUGAUACUUCGUGCGUCUUUUGUAAAAUCGCAAACGGAACGGAUAGUUCAAAUACCAUUCGGAUGGAGAGGGAACUCGUGGUGCUCUUUAAUGAUAAAUAUCCCAAGUCCAGUUACCACUACCAAUGCAUUUCAAGGAAGCAUAUCAGAAACAUUAGUCAUCUAACCAAGCUGGACUUACCGCUAUUGGAAGAGAUGAAAAGUUGUGCUGUCGAAUUUCUUCUGGAGAACCACAAGUCGGAUAUAUCACACUUUCGCCUAGGCUUUCACCGCCCUCCUUUCAACAGUGUCCAUCACUUGCACUUGCAUGUGAUCGGUCCACUUCGUUAUUCAGUGCAUGAAAUCAUGUUUAAUCCUCGAAUGGGCAUCUUCGUUCCGAACCGAAUGGCAAUUUUGGAUAUCAUAAGUUGGGCGCUAACGAAUGCACUGUUGGUCUAUAAAGUGCUCACAUCCAAUCAAGGAACCAAUUAUGAGUGUUUUGAACGUAUCUGUAGACUGCAGCAGACGAUACCGAACUUGAGUUCUACAUUUUCAAUUCCAGUGGUUUGUAUAUUAAUUGGAUUGUUGACCACCUUCCGAAUAUAA